AUGUCGGACGCUCCUCUUUUGGGUAGACGUCCAGCCACGCGUACCAGCUUCAAAGAUGCUGCAGUGUUCACGUUGAAACUGACAUUGACGUCGUCUCCUGUCAAUUACCUUCUUUUGUUUGUGCCUUUGGGCCUUAUCGCAGGCGCCUUGGAGUGGAGUUCGAAUGCCGUGUUUUGGCUCAACUUUCUUGCUAUUAUGCCCUUGGCCUCAGUGUUGGCGUAUGCCACCGAAGAAUUGGCCGAGCACACUGGUGAGACCAUUGGCGGUUUGUUGAACGCCACUUUUGGUAACGCUGUGGAGUUGAUCGUUUCCAUUAUUGCCUUACUCAACGGCCAGGUGAGAAUCGUCCAGGCCUCCAUGCUAGGAUCCAUCUUAUCCAACUCCUUGCUUGUUUUGGGCUGCUGCUUCAUUGCAGGCGGAAUCACACGCGUCCAGCAGACGUUCAACCAGACCGUGGCUCAGACCAUGUCUUCCUUGAUGGCGUUGGCUACGGCGGGUCUUCUCAUCCCUGCUGCCUUCCACGCCUCUGUGCCCUCAGAGGGUAAGCUGAAAUUCCCCGACCCAGACUCGGAGGCCGAUUUGAAGAUCUUGAGUCUUUCCCGUGGUGUCGCUAUCAUCUUGCUCGUGCUUUACAUCUUGUACUUGGUGUUCCAGUUGCGCACCCACAAGGCUCUCUUUGAAGAGCAGUCUCAAGAGGACGAUGGAAUCAUCACCCUGAGCGUGCCACCUGAGGGCACUGUCACCAAGUCCGACCUGGAGCACUUGACCAUCGCUGGCUCGCUUUCAGUGCUUGUGGUCGCCACGGUGCUUGUUUCUUUCUCUGCCGACCUUUUGGUGGGCUCAAUUGACGAUAUCGUGGAGCUGCUGGGUCUUUCCAAGACAUUUAUUGGUUUGAUUGUGAUCCCGAUCGUUGGAAAUGCUGCUGAACACGCCACAGCUGUGAUUGUGGCCAUGAAGGACAAGAUGGACUUGGCCAUCGGUGUCGCCGUGGGCCUGUCGUUGCAAAUUGCCCUUUUUGUGACACCUGCAAUGGUGAUCAUUGGUUGGAUCGUGGAUGUGCCCAUGUCGUUGUACUUUUCUACAUUUGAGACUGCAGUGAUGUUCGUGUCGGUAUUCAUCACCAACUUGGUGAUUCUUGACGGAGAGUCCAACUGGUUGGAGGGAGCAAUGCUUUUGAGUACUUACUUUGUCAUUGCCCUCGCCUUUUUCUUCUACCCUGAUCACGCCUGA